AUUGCUACACUCCUUGGGGAAGAUCAGAUUACUUGAUGUCGGUAGCUGCUUUAAUCCAUUUCUGAAGUUUGAAGAAUUUCUGACAGUUGGGAUAGAUAUUGUUCCAGCUGUUGAGAGUGUAUACAAAUGUGACUUCUUAAAUCUUCAAAUUCAGCAACCUCUCCAACUGGCACAGGAUGCUAUAGAUGCCUUUCUUAAGCAACUGAAAAAUCCCAUUGAUUCUCUACCCGGAGAACUGUUCCAUGUCGUCGUUUUCUCACUCCUCCUGUCUUACUUUCCAUCACCCUAUCAACGAUGGAUAUGCUGCAAGAAGGCCCAUGAACUUCUCAUAUUAAAUGGCUUAUUGCUUGUAAUAACUCCUGAUUCAUCUCAUCAGAAUCGCCGGGCUAUGAUGAUGAAAAGCUGGAAAAUUGCUAUAGAGUCCUUGGGUUUUAAACGCUUCAAGUAUUCCAAGUUUUCUCACAUGCACCUGAUGGCAUUUAGGAAAACUUCCCUGCAAACAACAAGUGACUUAGUUAGCAGGAACUACCCAGGAAUGUUGUAUAUCCCACAGGAUUUCAACAGUAUAGAGGAUGAGGAGUAUUCCAACACUUCCUGCUAUGUUCGGUCAGAUACAGAAGAUGAACAGCUAGCCUACGGUUUUAUGGAGCUACCUGAUGCUCCUUAUGACUCAGACUCUGGAGAAAGCCAGUCUAGUUCAAUUCCUUUCUAUGAGCUAGAAGAUCCUAUAUUGCUUCUAAGUUAAUGUAGUCAUUAAAAUGCCCGUUCAGUCAAACCUCUUGCUUAACUAAUUUUGCUAUACUAACAUGGGCUCAACACACAAAAAUGGUUUGCAUAAAGAAAAAUGCAAAGGUUUACAGAGUUUGCUAUUUUUUUCUACUUUUGAAUUUUAAAAUUUAUUCUUGUAUGAAAGUGAAAAAAUACAAGUUUUAUGCAAAUGACUCAUGUCAUAGCAUAAAUUGCUGUUACUUUCUUUAGAUUUGUAUCACUAUUUUUUUUUCUGGAAAGGUACCAUUCUUUUCUUUAGUGCUGUGAAGUGUGAAUUCUAUUUAAUUUCCUAAAUGUUGUUUCAAUAUGUUAACUCAAUGUGGUUGAGCUUAAGGCACUGGAGUUGGUGGGCUUCUGAGAAGUAUAUGUAGGAAGAAAUAAUUUGCACUUUAAUUAAAUGUGCAGAUAGGAUAAGACACUUGGUUACACAUGUCCCUUCUUAAUUAUGGAACAAAACUUUUUCCAACAUUUGUUUCACGCUGGUUAAGCCUGGGCUGGAGAAAUGAUAAUGCUUGCACAUUUGAUUUUAUGUUUAUUGCAGCCCUCUUAAGAUAACAUCAAAUCAAGAUAACACCAAAACACUGGAAUAUAUUCAUCCACAGUUAUAUAUACUUUGUAAUGUCAUUGCAUAAAUAGUAGUUAGACAUGAGAUUUCUGAAGAGGUUAUCGCCCUCAGAGGAGUAUGGUACGUCUAGACAAUUAUGUUUCACUUCAAAGCUGGAACAUGGUUUUGCAAUUUUAUGAGUUCAAGCAGUAACAUAUAUCAGUAUUUCCCUUAUUAUGGUGUUCUGUAUUCUCUUCAAACUGU